GCCAGUGGCAAGACGGGCAGCGGCAAGAAGUUCUUCCACAAUAUCAUCCCUGGCGAUGCCGUGAAGAACGAGCCCUUCUACGUUGCCAUCAUCACGCCCGUGAUCCACUACUGCAUGGGCGGCCUCCUCAUUGACACCGACUCUGCAUGCAUCGGCUCCAACAACCUGCCAGUCCCGGGCUUGUACGCUGCCGGCGAGGUGGCGGGCGGAGUGCACGGCAACAACCGCUUGGGAGGCAACUCCCUGCUGGACUGCGUGGUGUUCGGCCGCGUGGCCGGUAAGGCAGCUGCCAAGUACAUGUUGGGCGCCGACAUGAAGGAUGUGGACCUCUGCGCGAUCACCGGCGGCGGGCUGACUGGCGCGGUGCAGAGCUCCAAGCUGGCUGGCGGCUCCUACGAGGACAAGAUGAACUCUGCUGCACCGGCGGCCGCUGCAGCUGCGCCCGCGGCUGGCGGCGGUGGUGGCGGAGGCAUGACCCUGGCAGACGUUGCCAAGCACAACACCAAGACGGACUGCUGGGUGGUGGUCGAUGGUCAGGUGCUUGACGUCACCAGCUUCUUGUCGGAGCACCCCGGUGGCGAGCUGGCUAUCCUCACCUUCGCCGGUAAGGAUGCCACGGAGGAGUUCAACAUGAUCCACCCUCCGGAUGUGAUUGGCAAGUAUGCUCCUGACUCCGUCAUUGGUAUGAUCGGCGGCGGCGGCGGCGGGGGUGGCGCAGUUGCUGCUGCCGGCGGAGGUGGCGGCGGCGGUGGAGGAAUCCCCAUGACCGAGGUGGCCAAGCACAACAGCAAGUCGGACUGCUGGGUGGUGGUCGACGGUCAGGUGCUGGACGUCACCAGCUUCUUGUCGGAUCACCCCGGUGGCGAGCUGGCCAUCCUCACCUUCGCCGGAAAGGACGCCACGGAGGAGUUCAACAUGAUCCAUCCCCCGGACGUCAUCGGCAAGUACGCCCCGGACUCCGUGAUCGGCGCCGUCGGCUCCGGCGUGGCAGCCGCUGCCAGCGCCGCUCCUAAGGCUGGCGGCGGCGGGCCCAUCAGGAAGGACACCGGCAGCAAGCUCGGCAACCACGCGGCUUGGGGUCACCUGGACGGGGCGCCGAACUGGCGCGUGGAUCUCGACGAGAACCCAGGUGUCCUCCUGAUCAACGUGAAGUCCUACUUCAACGCCACUUGGUUCCUGCUGCUCUCGGUGCUGUACGAAGUGUGCGCCACCAUCUUCUCUGCAAAGAACAUCAAGAUCUCCAACGACCGCUUGGGUCUGACCCGCAGUGCCAUCUUGCUGAUUCUCUUCAUCGUCAUCCACGCGGUGGGUAAUCUCCACGUCUUCAAAGGUCCGGAUGACUUCAACGGCUACGGCUACUUCUAC